UUUUUUACUGAGGCCACAGUAGCCAAGAAGUCAACUCAAUCAUCUGCUAAGCCAAUCCAGAGUCGACUCCACCUGGCUGGACGUGAGAAAGAAAAACACCUAGAAAAGACCUGGGAGGAGAGUCCCUAUCACGUGAGAAGAUGAAGACUCUACUACUAGUUGGAGCCAUCCUGGUUAUGACCGUUGGCUUCUCAGUGGCAGAGGAGCAGAAAUGGAAAAGGCUUGAUUCCAGCGAGAGUGAAGAAAGAUGGUGGAGGCUGAGGCUCAAGCCAAGUCUUCUCUUUAGAGUCCAGGACAAGCCUGAGAGAAACAUCCCACGUCCUUCUUACCCCUAUCCACUUCUAAAUGUUCCCCAUCCCAACGCAAUUAACCCUGAGCACCAACGCCCCUAUGUUCUGCCCAGAUUUAAUUUCCAAAUCCCAAAUAUAUUACCAUUUCUCAUGUUCCCCGAAUUACCCCCACCUUUCUUUCCCAUUGUUCAUCCCAUCUAUUACGACCCUCAAACCCCAACCACUCCCAGAAACCCCCCUGUGACCAGCCAAACUCCACAGCCCCCUGUCGAUUCCUCCGCCAAUACCCCAGAGCCUCCUACCACUGCCCCACUGACUGCUACCCCUGAGGCCCAAACCCCCCUCCAACCCUGAAAGAAAACCCCAACGGGGAGAACUUUGGUGAAGAAGAGACACAGGUCCUGUUGGAAGAAAAGUCUCAAGUUUUCUCUCUACCACUUGAAGAAUCUAAGCUGCUUGGUUUCAGUCGGAGAUGGCGUGAUUCUAGGAACAUGGGCUCUUUCCAUUCCUGUCACCUUUCACGGCUGGGUCGUUUCUUGCAUCUUUUGCUCCUACCCAAUAAACCUUGUUGAAUGCAACUA